AUGGGGUCCGACGAUGACGAGGACGACGAUGACAGCAGCACGACACACACACCGAUGCCAGAACCUCCAGGACCACGACGAUCGACGAGAAACCCAGGCCCGUCCAUAGAGGAGCGGGUUCGCCAGGCAGUGCAGGAGUCAACGGAAAGCGGCAAUCGUAUCAGACAAACACGGGCACAGAACCGGGCCAAUCGUGCAGACGAACACAUUCCGAACGAGAACGACGCGCACAGCCUAAUCGACGGCAUCGUUAUGUCAAUGCUAUCCAGUGACGUCGGCAUCAACCUCGAGUACCCCGAUGACCCAAAGUCACUCAAAGAGGCCCUCGAGAGCGACGAAGCAGAUCACUGGCUUGAAGGCAUACAUGAAGAACUUGACUCGAUACGGGACAUGAACGUCUACGACCUAGUCCCGCGCACUCAGGUACCCCGCGACAGGAAGGUCAUGUCCGGCAAGUUCCACUUCAAGCGAAAGCGCGACGCGAACGGCCGUGUCUGUCGACAUAAAGUUCGCCGUGUACUUCGAGGGUACGAGAUGAUCUACGGUAAAGACUAUACCAAGAGCACGUCACCCACUGCACGCAUGGAAAGCGAGCGCAUCGUAUGCCACAUUGCCGCUGCACUCGACUGGCAACUGUACCAAAUCGAUGUCAAGACUGCUUAUCUGUAUGGCGACCUCGAUGAAGAGAUCUACAUGGACCAGCCCAAAGGAUUCGAAGAACCAGGCAAGGAGGACUGGGUAUGGCGGCUGAAGAAGGGGCUGUACGGGAUGAAGCAAGGUGGUCGUAUCUGGAACAAGACGAUGGAUGUUCACAUGAAGGACAUGGGAUUCACACAGAUCAGUGUCGAACACUGCCUUUACAUGCGCACCACCAAUGCUGGCACUACCAUAGCAGCUGUUCACGUCGACGACUUCACUGUCACGAGCAGCACAUGUGAGGAGGAGCGCCAAUUUGAGGAGGAGAUGCGGAAGCACUGGAAAAUCACAAAGUCAGACGCCUCUUUCAUCGUCGGCAUCAGCAUCAAACGCAACCGUGCGGAUCGGACCAUCGCACUGUCACAGGUCGCCCUCAUCGAUCGCAUUCUCGUUGAAUUCAACUGCAAGGACGUUAACCCGACGAUCACACCACUUGCUCCCGGCACGAAACUCAGCAAACGAGACUCUCCGCGAACUGAGGAGGAGAAACAAGAGGCAGCAAAGCUACCGUAUCAGCAGCUCGUCGGAAGCCUCAUGUACUUGGCCAUAGCAACACGACCAGACAUCAUGCAUGCCGUCAGCACACUGAGCCGGUUCAACAGUUGUUUCGGUGUCGCACACUGGCGAGCAGCCAUUCAUAUCGUGGCAUACCUCAAGGGCACUCGUGACUACUGCCUCAUCCUCGGUGGCGGAAAGCCAGUCCGGCUUGUUGGAUACACAGACUCGGACUACGCAAACUGCCCAGACUCACGCAAAUCAGUCUCCGGCUACUGCUUCACACUAGGCUCGGGGAUCAUAUCAUGGAUGUCGAAGAAACAAGCUACUGUUGCCACAUCUUCGACGGAGGCAGAGUACAUGGCAGCGGCCGCAGCGACCAAAGAAGCAGUCUGGUUACGAAACCUACUCUCGGAGAUCCAGCACGAGCAAGCCCGACCAACUCCGAUCUUCAUCGAUAAUAAUGGUGCCCGCAUCUUGACAGAAGACCCAUCAUUUCAUCAACGUGCCAAGCACAUCGAGGUUCAACAUCACUACAGCCGCGAAUGUGCACAGCGCGGAAUCGUGCACUUCGAAGAUGUCGCAAGCAAGGACAACCUCGCAGACAUAUUCACGAAGUCACUAGGGACCGCACCAUUCGAGAAGUUGCGAAGCAUGAUGGGGAUGGCCAAGGUGGAUACGGACAGACCGUGA